AUGACUUUCAGUACGGCUACUCGGAAGCUAAAAAAUGCCGCUAGAAUCAUACUGGUAGGAGCCCCGGGCGUGGGCAAAGGAACACAAUCAGAGCGGCUUAUGGCACGUUUUCCACAACUAUCCUCGAUCGCGACGGGAGAUCUUCUACGCGAGAACGUCAGUAAGAAAACAAGACUAGGCCAGCAAGCCGAGACGUACAUGAACUCAGGUGGACUCGUUCCAGACCCUCUGAUCCUGAACCUCAUCCUCAGCGAGCUCACCUCUAGACAAUGGUUGGAGACAGCAGAUACGAAUGACAACAUCAUUGCCGCGCUAGGACGUGGGAACGGGUCAGCGUCCUCGGUGGUCACGGCAUCCAACAAUCCCGACACGUCGUUCAUUCUCGACGGGUUCCCGCGUACGGCUACACAGGCCCAUGCCCUAUCUCACCUCCUGCCUAUCAAUGUCGUGUUUCAGUUGGUUACUCCUGUGGACAUCAUUCUGUCCCGCAUGGCGAACCGAUGGGUACACCUUAGUUCAGGGAGAGUCUACAAUGUGGGGUUCAACGACCCUCAAGUACCCGGGAAAGACGAUGUGACGGGCGAACCACUGGUACAGAGAGAAGACGACAGUGAAGCGACGUGGAGGAAGCGAUUGGCCAAAUUCGACGAGACGAGCAAGAGCUUGUUGGAUUACUAUCGAAAGGACGGGCUGGUUGUUCGGGUGGAGGGGAACAGUAGUGACGAAAUUUCACCCCAGAUAUUUACAGAAAUAGAGGAACGAUUCGGCACAUAA